AUGGAUCAUGUUAACUCAAUAACUAACGACAAUAGUGUAUUUAAUCGUCAACCAUCGAUUUAUAAUGGUUCCACAACAAAUUCUAACUUCAAUGAAGCACUAAUUGUCGUAUGGUUUCGAACGAAUUCUGCAGCUUCAAAUGUAGACUUAGAAUCGAUUGAAAAUAAAAUUGAAAAUAGCGCUGAUUUCUUGAAAAACUAUUAUUCAGCAGAAGAGUGUAAAAAAUAUGUUGUUUCUUCUGGCAAAAAUAUCAAAAUAUUUUUAAUUCUUCCGCAAGACUAUCCUCAAGGUUUUCUUGAAAGUUUACACGAUCUACCGGUAUUGGAAUCGAUUUAUGUUAAUGGUGAAAUUGAUAAGAACGAAGAUCUUAAUCGCUACCAAAAAAUAGUCAAAACCGAUACGGAUAUUGUAAAAUUGACAGAUGAAUUAUGUUCUGAAGUUUACAACUACAUUCAACAUAUACAAUUGCCUAUGACAAUUUUCAAACAACAAUAUCAACAAGAUCAAUCGACCAAUGUACUUAAUAAAUUUGCUUAUUUUGUUGAAUUUUGGAAUCCUUUAUUUAUUGAUUUGUUAUUCGAUCUGCCACAAACAGAUUAUGAUCAGCAAAAAUACAAAUUUCUUGAACAAUGUCGCAUAUAUUAUCGAGCUAACGAAGCUAUGCUGAAAAGUAUCGAUGAAUUUAAAGAUACUUACAAACCUGAAUUUGCAAUUCAAUGGUAUCAAGGAAACGGAUUUGUAUAUCGCCUAUUGAAUAAAGUAAUGCGGCAACAAAACAUCGAGGGAAUUCUUAUGUUUCGUUUCUUCAUCUUGGAUUUAUGUAAUGCAUUGAAAAAGAUUUACCAUGAAUUCAUUCGUUCACGUUUGUAUGAAGACGAUGAAUCUAUCACUGUUUACAGAGGACAAAAAAUGUUCAUCAACGAACUUGGCAUAUUAAACGAAACUUUUAAGCAAGGUUCGUUUAUAAUAUCUAUCAAUAGUUUUUUCUCAGCCUCUCGAACCAAAAACGUAGCAUUGGCAUUUUCUGGCGUUAUUGGGUCUAAUAAAAAAUCCCUGGAUUUGCAGCCUGUUCUGUUCGAAAUUGAAGUGGAAAUCAAUCAAAAAAUGCAGGGACAAAGAAAACCAUUUUCGGAUAUAGGUCAUUUGAGUACUGGACCGAAAAAGAAUGAAAUAGAAGUAAUAUUCAUGGUCGAUUCUUUCUUUCGAAUUGAUAAGAUUAUUGAAAAUCACGAAAUUGAAACGUCAUUCGAAGGCAAACAGGUGAAAGUUGUAGUAACACUGAUUAAAUUAACAUUCAUAAAUGAAGAUGAUGUAAAUAUACCGAUAAUGCAAGAUUAUCAAAUUUUAAAAUCAACAAAAACAAUCGAAGGUAAAUUGAUUCGAAUUGGAAAUUUACUCAUCGAUCAAUCUUUAUCUUGUGGAUCGUCACGUUCGAAAGCAGAUGCAUACUAUAGGACCUUUCUCAACGAACCAAAAUUUCUCAUGACUGCAGCAUGUUUGGCAGGUCAAGCCUGGAUGGCAUUGAAGCAAGAGCAAUACGAUUCGGCUAUCAAAUUAGCACUCGAAGCGUUUUCCAUCGUUGAUGCAUCCAACGUUGAAGUGAAAAUAACUAUUUUAAAUUGCCUUGGUGGAAUUUAUUCAAAAUUAAAACAAUAUCCCACAGCAUUGAAGUAUUACAAAGAAGCAUAUAAUCUAUCGAAACCAACCGAUGAUAAGAUAGCCGCCAACAGCUAUUCAGGCCCAUGCGUUCCUAUCGAUAAAUUUGCCAUGUAUGACAAUUAUAGAAACAUAUCGUCAAUCAAUAUCGCUCGUAUUUAUAAAAUAAAUGGAGACACUCAGCAGGCAUGGAACGUGUACAAAGAAGCCAUAGAUUGUGAAAUGCGCGAUACUACGGAUUUUCAUUGUCAUACGUGUAUGACAAUAGCUGAAUCGGGCACUCAUGAAAAGAUAAGUAAUCCGAAAGAGAAAAUUCGCGCAUGGGAGAAUGAGAAAAAAUUUCUCGAUCUUGGCCUUGAUGAUAUUCUUAAAUAUCGUAGCUCAGCUUUAACGGGCUAUUUAUCACUCAAUUAUCAAUAUGAUUUUUCUUCGCGUCGAUAUAACAAUAAUUAUUGUCGAACGUUGGCAAUUAAUUAUUUUCGAAAAGUUGAAAAGCAAUGUUUACCAUAUGCAGCAAAUCAGGAUUAUUAUCUGUAUACUUUACAAUGCUAUGAACGUCUAGCAGAACUAUACAGAGACCGUGGUAAUCAAACCAUCGAUUAUUACGAAAAGAUGAUUCAAUUAUGCCUUAAAUAUCAUCCAGAUGAUUUAGAAAAUAUUAUCAUCGGUUACCAAGGUAUGAGAGAGAGUUACACACGGCAGCAGUCAAGAAGUCCGGAAGAGUACGAAGAUAUAUUAACGAAAUUAUGUGCUGACGAUAAUGAUCCAAUAGUCACACCGCUAAUAACGCCACCGAUCACUCCGUGGAAACCUCCAGUAUUUGGAAAACUUUUUCAAAAUAUAAAUCAUCUACAUUUCGCAUUUGAUUACUAUGACAAAUGGAUAGACUCUCGAUUGAACAAUGAAUCGGAUUUACGAAAGAGAAUUAUCUACUGCAAUAUGAAAUUAGCCGCUUUAUAUUAUGAUCACAAUAAAGUGAAUGAUGCUAAAGACUGUUUAACAAAAACUAUUCUAUUAUGUCAACCGCUCGGUACAGAUGCGCAUGAUAUUCGAUGCAUUUGUAAUGAAAAUUUGUCCUUCAUCUGCAUGAAUUUCGAUGUCACAAUCGAAUCCUACAAAAAUCGAUUAACAGCAAUUAAAAACAUCGCCGGGGAAUGCACUGGCGAAAACAAUUAUUGUUACAUCGCACACUUAUACGAGAAAAAGAAUGAUUUCAAUUUAGCAUUGGAAUUUUUCCGAAAGCCAAUUGAAUAUUUUGAACAAUAUGAUUAUAUCUGUUCGCACACAAUUGAAUGCUAUAGUAAAUUAGCAAAGCAUUAUCAAAUAAUCCAAAAUGAUAAAGAAUCCACGGCUGAUACAUAUCAAAGAGCGAUUCAUCUUGUCGAUCAACAUCGGUCAUAUCCAAUGACAACGAUUAUUUCGAUAGUCGAACAAAAUUUAAUUAAUUAUUUCAAAAAUAUCAAUGAUUUAGACACAACUAUUCUUAUUUAUGAAAGACUUUGUGAAACUGUUCAACACGAAACGAGCGAUAUUACGGUAUUAUAUAAACAUUUGAAACAAAUUUUAAAACUAUUAGUUGAUAAGCAUGAUGCACUCGCUGCAGUUGUUGACACGUACGAAAAUUUUCUAAAUUUAACUUUACAAAUAAUUAGUCCAUUAACUUCGCAAAUGACUAUGGUAUUAAGUCAUUUUCGAGAUCAGUUUAUUGCUGAAUGCAAAAAACGCCAUUGCUUACGUUUAGUAAUUCAAAUAUAUCAAAAAUUAAUUUUGCUUCUUUUUCAACAUCAAUAUGAUACAAUGAAAAUCAUUGAUGAAUAUGAAAUAAUAGCAGCUAAGUUAAAUGUAAAGCAUUUGUUAGAAGAUGCAGUGAUAGGAUAUGAAAAUCUACUAGAGUUCGUUUGUCUUCAUCAUACGACUGGUUAUUUCAUUGAAGAUGAUAAAAUUGCUUUUGUUUUUUGUAUCUGGAAAGACGAAAUAAUUAAAAAAUAUUUAUCGGAAGACAAGUUCGAUUCAGCCAUUAAUUUACAUUACAAAAUGAUUCGUUUUCUAGAGCAAUACCGAUUAAAUAUCAAUACGGAGUAUGAUUUCCGUGAAUUCACACAACGCAUAUUACAGAAUUAUGACGAUAUAGCUAUAAUCUAUCAAAUGAAAAAAAAUGAUUUCGAUCAAACUAUGAAUAUUUACCAAGAGCAGAUUGAAUUCAUGGCGAAGUAUCAACUAGAAACUAUCCAAAGCCUUAUUAACACAAUCAUUCCCAAUUGUCAACAAUUUGCUGCAGUUCAUCAGGAACAAGCUCUAGAAGUAUACUUGAAACUUGCUAAUUUCAUUCAAAAGAAUCGUCUAGAGUAUUUAUCUCAUUUAUCGCUUGCCUGCCAAGAAUUCAAUCGAUUAAAACUCGUUAGUGAUAAAAAUCAGCAGUAUCUAGAUUCAAGUGAUGAUGUUACCAAUGGGAAUGAUUUGCCAAAUUCAUGGCGAAUUGUUGAUCUUAAACAACGUGUUUUUGACUAUAAAGAAAAGACUAACUAUUAUUUCAAUAAUAAUGAAUUAGAUAAGGCAAUUAAAGUUUAUCGAACUGAAUUGUUACCAUUUCUUUUAGAAAAUCAUGGCCGAGAUGAUGAGCAAAUGGCUACAUGUUACAAGCAAAUAGCAACAUUAUACUACGGAGAAAAUGAAAAGGAUGCUCGAAUGGCGCUGAAUUAUUAUCAAAAAGCUAUUGAUAUAUAUGAAACACAAGAAGACAAUUUCUAUACAGAACAUGUCUUUGAAUUAAAUACGAAUAUUUGUCGUCGUUACGCAGGAAUACUUUUUACUUGUUAUAAUUUCAUGAAAACAAUUUUUAUCCUUUUAAAUGAUGAAAAUUCGUCGAAGAUUUGCCAACAAAAAGGAAUUGAUAUCUAUGAGAAACAUAAGGAUCAAUUUCAGUUUUACGGUAAUCUUCUAACGAACACAGUUACAGUUGAAAUACGUCCUUUUGUUGAACUAAAUUAUUGA